GUUCAAACAUGGAAUAGUUUCAAUCCGCAAUUGUUCUAGGUGAGUUGGUAGGCUGGCAGGUAGCUAAUACGUUAUGAAAGGGUCCCUCCCUAUGGAUUAGCUGGCAUUUUGUUGUUCCGUGGGUCUCCCAUUCAUAUUUUCUCCUGGGUGGUUUUUUGCUAUUUUGCUUUACAAUUUAUCUUCUCUCCCCUUCUAUGAGAGCGAGCAUUGAAACUCGACAGUCAAGCACUUAAACUUCAAAACUACAACUUUCGAAACGUCAUCUUGCCACUCUGUCCAGAAGUGUCAAUAGACAUCCAUAUACUCACGGAAACCCCACUAUUCUGCUUUACCUCACGAACCCUUCGAUUCUCCCACCAAUCCACCCCUCACAAUCAUCCUCUUAGAGCCUCCUUAUCCCUCAAACCCAAGCUCAAUCUCCAAGUCAAAAUGUCCAACGCAAAGUCCCCCGAAAUCCUCGCCGCCUACGACGAUGUCCGCUCCGAUAAAUCCCCCACAAAUUGGCUCUUAAUAUCCUAUGCCAAAGCCAUGGGAGAUGCUCUGACCCUCACUGCAACUGGAGAGGGCGGUAUCUCUGAACUACGUGAGAAAUUGGACCCUAAUCAAGCCCAAUAUGCGUAUAUACGGGUUGAAUAUGCCAAUGAUAGCGAAUCUUCUCGCGUGAAAUUCGCCUUUAUUGUGUGGAUUGGAGAAUACACAAAAGUUAUGAGGAAAGCGGGAGUUAGCAUUGAGAGCGGUGCUGUCAAGGCAGUCUUAAAUCACCAUAGUAUAUCAAUAGAUGCGAGAAGCAUAGAAGAUGUCGACGAGGCAGAGAUUAUCAAGUUGUGUAGGAAGGCUGGAGGUGCAGAUUAUAAUGGUGGCAGAGGAUGAUAUCUUAAGCAAGAAAAGGGAUUUGAUAGGAAGUAGUAAUGUUGGAGUAGAGGGCGAAUGGGAUAGAUUGGGAAAGAUACCCCAGAGCAAACAUUGGAAUAUACUAGUACAGAUUCUGGUCAUAAUUCAUAGAAAAUACAGCACAUAUGAUGAUUUACAGUUGGACACACUGUACUGAAUUCACUUCGACGUUCUUGUACUCA